CUGCCAUUUUCCAAUCAUCCCUCGUCAUUCCGUCCAUCAUGGAUUCUCAAGCGAUCCAAUUCGGCAUGAUCAACUCCAUGCGCACCAACAACGUAGUCGUGGACACGCUCAUCUGCCUCUUGAUUCCAGUGUUUUUCAAGUUUAUGUACGACUCGACCGCCCAGUUUGGGUGGGUCUGGGCGUACUUGCGCUCCCUCCACACCAAACCUACCCACGAAGUCAUUCGCCGCAUUGAAAUCAAGCAGCACUUCAACUCGUGGGGCAAAGUCCGGGACCACGACCAACACAACCACAUCUUGCAAAAAGCCAUCUCCAUCCACCUCAGCGAGCACUUGGACAUGACAAGCCAGUCUGGGCGGUACGAAUUGCUCGAGAACGUCAAGCCCACCCCUGAUGCCGCGACGGUCGACGAGGCCAGCCAGCGCCACUCGUACGGCUACUGCAGCGAACGCGACCAGCUGCAAACACUCGGCAUUGGCGCGUUGCCCCCGUUGAAUGCAUGGGUCAAGCUUGAGGAAGGGGUCGAGUUCAUGCAUGAAAUCAAAUCUGGGCAAGAAGACAACCAUGACAACAGCGAAGGCGGGGGCAAUGGCGUCACCGAGUCCACAGUCACAUUCCUCUUGCGGUCGUCACUGGCUAAUGGCACGACUCGCAUCGACGACUUUGUCCAACGAGCGUACAAGAGCUACCAGGCCGCGGUGAUGGCAAAGCACCAAAAGGACAAAUCUCGAUACAUGUACAUGGCGGCGAGUUCUGGAGAUGCUUCUGCAGAGAGCACCGCGGCCGUGCAAAAGUACAAGCGGUAUGCAUUGGGCGAAGACAAGACAUUUGACAGCUUGUUCUUUGAAGACAAGGCGCCGUUGCUGGCGUUGCUGGGCAACUUUCUCCACAAGAGCGGCAAGUUUGGCAUCCCCGGGUUUCCGUACAAGUUGGGUCUGUUGCUGCACGGCCCCCCGGGCACGGGCAAAACCAGCCUCAUCAAAGCCAUCGCCCAGCACACCAAGCGCCAUAUCGUCAACAUUUCACUGAGUAAGAUCAAGACCAACCAGGAACUGAUGGACAUGAUGUUCGACCUCAAGUUUGGGCUUGCGGGAGAGGACCUGCCCAUCAAACUCGGCUUUGAUAGCAUUGUGUUUGUCAUGGAGGACGUCGACUGCGCGUCCAACAUUGUGCUCGCGCGGUCGUCCGACGCUGGUGCACCACAAAUCCCGAGCCCCGAAAUGGACGACUUGGACUUGGUUACGAUGAGUAAACUGGAAGGACAUAACAACGACAAGGCGAUCGGACCCAUGAUUAACCCAUCCAAGUGGGACUCCAAGGACAAACUCAACCUGUCGGGGCUACUGAAUGUGCUGGACGGGGUCGUGGACAGUCCCGGGCGCAUCCUCAUCAUGACCACCAACCACCCCGAGAAACUCGACCCCGCCCUCGUUCGCCCUGGUCGCGUCAACAAGAAGCUCAUGCUGGGCCACAUUUCGUCACGGCAGACCCAACUCAUGGUCGAGCACUUCUUUGCCACGACGCUCGAUGCGAAGCAGCGAAAAGCCAUCGACGACGUGUUUGCCAACACCACCAACAACGUAUCGCCGGCUCAAGUCGAGCAACUCUGUGCCGAGUACGAACACGUCGUGGGAAUGCUCGACGCACUCGCCAAGUUGGGCGACUAACACACUACCAUACAUAUUCAUAUCAUCUAUUCUAUUCCAACGUUGAUGUGUUGUGACCUUGUGCGACAAUUGCGAUAACGUUCACAUAACUUGAUCGUAAUGCCUCUAUGUGUUCUACCUCACCCAG